AUGCCCGUCGUCCAGCGCCCUGUUCCUCAGCUUCCUGCGUCUCUUGACCUGACCGGGAAAACUGCUAUCAUCACGGGAGGCAACACUGGACUCGGCUUGGAGACAGCGAAGCAGUUCCUUCAGCGCGGUCUGUCGCACCUCAUCCUCGCUGUCCGCACUCCGGCCAAGGGUGAGGACGCUAAGCGCCAGCUGCUCGCAGAACCGUCGGUGGCAAAGCGCGCUCAAGCCCCCACCAUCGUCAUCUUCCGCCUCGACCUCACCUCGCAUGCAUCCCUCGUCGAGUUCGCAUCCCGCGUCGAGCGCGAGGUGCCCGCCGUCGACAUCCUCGUCCUCAACGCCGGCAUCUACCCUUUCAACUUCGAGCUCUCCCCUGAGACGAAGAACGAGAUCGGGUACCAGGUCAAUCACCUUUCGAACGCGAUCCUCGCGAUCCUCCUCCUCCCCGUCCUCCAGCGCACCGGCGGACCCGCGCACAUCACCGUCCUCGGCUCACGCAUGGCGACACGCCACACCUUCAAGAAGCGGCCCGUCGACCUGGAAAAGCCCAUCGCGGCGCACUUCAACAACCCCAAAUACUUCAACUUCAUCUCGCACUACAGCGACACGAAGUUCAUCAUCCAGUCUUUCCUGCACGCCCUCUCCGCGAAGGUAGACAGCAACCGAGUGAUCGUCAACGCCAUAUGCCCCGGGCAGGUGAACACGAACUUGGGGUCCCAGGAUGGCGCGCCCAAGUGGGCCGCUCUCAUCAAACCCAUCUCCAACUUGCGUGGACGUACGCCUGAGGUCGGCGCACGUUGCGUCGUGUUUGCUUCCGCCGCCGCGGGGCAGGAUAGUCAUGGGGCGUUGGUUUGUGAUAUGACAGUGUCUGCGCCUAUCCCGUACAUGGAAACGCCCGUCGGUCGCGCGAUGGAGGAGAAGAUCUGGAAGGAGGCGCUGGAAGCGGCGGAAGGUGUAGCGCCUGGCUCGCCAGCGAAGGCGGGCCUGGUGUGAAGAGAUGUAUUUCUGCCAUGACUGCUGACGGGGAUCUUGAC